GCGUUCAAAUAGGAAUUAUGUGAAAUUUACAUAAAACUGAAACGUAUGUGAAAUUAGAGUACAAAACGAGCAGUAGCAUCAACCCCCGAAGACAUAACACUCUGAUACGCACCGGCAGGGACGCUUCAACACGCAUUUUUUGUGCUGGACGAAUAAAUAUAUCUAACUUUAUUUAACGAGCUUAUAGAUCACUUCUGGAAAGUGACCGAUAAAAAAUUAUUGCAAGCUGUCUGAUACUAUGAUGAGUGGAAGUGUGCGUAGAAGCACUCGGGCGAAACCCAAACCCAAAGCUGAGCCCGAGCCCGUGGUGGCGAAGAAGGUCCCUGCAAAAAAGGCAGCGCCAAAGACCAAGACAAAAGCUGCGCCACAGACACCUCGAAACCAGAAAAGGGCAGCCAAGUUUAUACCCAAGAAUAGCACUAAGAAGCGCAAAACGGGUCUGAAGGGAACUGUAAACUCGACCCAGGCCUUAGGGGUUGUUGAUCCAGCUAGCAAUCUCAGCGGUGAUAUUGCUGUUGAUGACAAUGGUGAACCGUACGAUGCAAUGCUGGUCUUCAUUGAAGCCACCAGCAACACCGACAAAUACUUUGUACUCCAGCUGAUUGAACUUGAUGACGGAACCGACGAUGGCGAUAUCGUUAUCUACACGCGAUGGGGCCGGACAGGCACGGCGGGUUCGGCGCUUGUCGAGUCCUUUACGGAUUUCGAGGAGGCUAUCAAGAGCUAUGAUGCCAAAUUCAAGUCCAAAACUGGACUAAGUUGGGCUGAUCGCGAAGACCCGCCUAUCGCUAGCAAGUACUACUACAUACACCAGAAUUUUGAUGCGAAGCUACAGGGAUACAAUGUUAUGUGGCAGUAUUGGGUGGAUGAUGGGAUCGAUGGAAAAUCAACUGGUUGGUACAACUACGAUCCUCAGGGCGCUACGAACACCGAACAAUUGUACAGCGAGGCGAUUAUGAAUUCGAACUUCAAUCUUCGAAGCGUGAGUUCUGGAAUGUGGGUAUAUGCUGUCGACUUCAUACGUAUGAAACAAACAAACGUUGUGCACCCAAAUCACACCAGUAGACAUAUCCGAAGACUGCCACCUGGCGCCAGUUUGGACAAAUUGCCCCCGCAACACACGCGUACUGCACCGGUUUGCACCCAAAAGGCUACGCCUGUCAAGAAGAGUGUAAAAAAGCCAAAAUCAGCGAAACCCGAGCCCGUUACGCCAAAAUUGGCAGCGAGUGCUAGAAACAUCCGUCAAGUCGAUGUUGAUGUGGUGGUGGCUGGUAAGACGCCAGCAGACUUCAAGGUGGUGUCGGAUGACGACGGUGAGUACUAUGAUUCGGUCAUGAAUCAGUGUGAUAUCACUGGCUCCACUAAUAGCAACAAGUAUUACAAAGUAAGCAUUUAUAAGCACAAGAAAUCUGGUCAGUAUGGAGUCUGGACACGCUGGGGACGAGUGGGAGAAGCUUUGAAGGGCAAUACCUCGAAAUGGUUCCCGGAGACAACACUUGAAGACGCUGUGGUUACAUUUUCCAAGAAAUACAAGGACAAAACCGGUAAUGCGUGGGGCGCUGAUGAGUUCAAACCGAAAUUCGGCAAAUACCAACCGGUCGAAAUCGAUACAAACAAGACUGCUGAGAACACCCCCAUGAAAACCGAACAUUCCGAUAUCGAAUACAUGCCAAGCAUACUAGAUGCCAAGACCUUGGACCUUGUGCAGACACUAUUUUCAUCGGACGUACGAAAUGCCGCUCUCGAUGAAUUUAACCUUGAUCUAAAAAAGUUGCCUCUGGGAGUACCCUCGCAGCAGCAAAUUCAGCGAGGUGUGGAUGUUUUACAGCGUAUAUCAGAUCGACUGGCGAAACCGAGUAAAAAGGCCGGAGAAAGCCUCGCUGAGCUAUCCAGCUUAUUCUACACGACUAUACCUCAUAGUUUCGGGCGUAGUCGCCCACCAGUCAUCGAUACGGCUGUGAAGUUGCAGGAGCGCUUCGACAUGUGCGACAUACUCAGUGACAUGUACGAGACACAGCAGAAUAUGGACAAGAUCAGUGUCAACCAGCCUACGAAAAAGAUUGUGCCCCAUCCCGCAGAUCAGCACUACCUCAGUCUCAAGGCCGACCUAAAGCCUUUGGAUUCGAACAGCAAUGUGUACAGGGCAAUCCAGAAGUAUUUCGAUGUCACCAAGAGUGGUAAUAGUCAGUUGCUUGAUGUGUGGACUGUGGAUAGGGAGGGCGAAGGCUCCCGUUAUAAAGCAUUCGAUGCCUUGGACAACAGACGACUCCUCUGGCACGGUACCAACCUGGCGGUUGUGGCACCCAUUUUAACCAAUGGCUUGCGCAUCAUGCCACACAGCGGGGGUCGAGUAGGGAAAGGCAUCUAUCUGGCUGCGGAAAAUAGUAAAUCACGCAGUUACACGUCUGCCUACGGAAGCAAAUACGCCUGUAUGUUCCUGGCCGAAGCAGCCCUGGGUACGCCACACGAGAUCACCAAAGAUGACUCAUCACUCCGCGCUGCUCCGGCCGGAAGUGACUCUGUUCACGCGGUGGGUAGGAUGACGCCGGGCAGCUGGAAGCCCAUAACUUUGGAGAAGAAACAGGUGACUGUGCCGCAGUCUGCACCCAAGGACACUAAGGUGGACAGUUCGUUCUACCAGGACGAGUUCUUGGUUUAUUCGGAGUCGCAAGUACGCACGCGAUACCUCAUCACGCUGAAGCUCUGAGGUCCAUGUCGGUGAUCGUAAUCGUCCUUUCGAACCAGCAAACUGUGUGAUGGUAUUGUGAGGUAGUGCUAGUGGUUCAUAAGUGUAGUCUGUUUAUAAAUAACCUUUUUAGUCUACAAAGAUUGGCAGAAGUUGGAUAAAAAUUCUUGCACCACG